AUGGUAUACCUAAUCCUCAAUCCUGUCCUUUUCUUUGUGCUGAAUGGGUCUUUCUUCGCGAUUGUUCAAGUCACCAACAUAGUAUUAAACUGUAUGGCACUUCUCCCUCUCAGUUAUUCAGUUCUCGUAAAUGCCGCCCUUUCUGAAGGGACAUGGUGCGGAUACAUGGUACCAUACCAGAAGGCGUGGUAUCAGGCUGCUGCGUUUGCUUCUCAGGCGCUAUACGAGUUUGUGUUGUUUUUGAUGUCGCUCCUCUGCCUUGUCAGACAUCUUCAGCUACGGAACCAAAGCCUAGCAACAAUAGCAGAAACAUUGAAAGGACUAGUGAUCAGGGACAAUGUACUCUAUUUUCUACUGGCUUUCUUGAGCUUGUCACUGAGCGCUAUUUCUCUUCUUACGGAUAAAGUGCCUCUCAGCGCGCUCGAGUUCACUGUCGGGUUCAGUACCAUAUUUGUUAAUUUAGGUACCAGCUUUCAGCUUUCCGUCCUUGGACCUCUGAUGAUGCUGAGCAUCCGAGAAUACAAUGUGAACCAGCAAGAGGGAGGCGCAUCAGGAGUUACAGAGGUUGAAAUGCUGGAAUUUGCCCCGGGGCUAUGUUUAAACUCUGAGUCCAGGCUUUAG